GGCCAUCUUUAGUGUGGUUAGGUCGCACCAAACUUUCCCCGGCGGGGAUGGUGCUGCGCCCGGAAAGUCUGCGGAAUCAGAGACGAGAAAGGAAUGAUGAGUCUCGGAAAUAAGGUGCUGACAGAACCACGUAGCACCAGGGGCAGAAAGCACUGGCUAAUUCAGUGGAAGGUCGAGGUGCAGAUUCCGCGGAUAAGCGGAACGAUUUAAGCGGAAGUGUGAGGUUUCUGCCCGGAUUUUGAGAGCCGCUUCCUUUGCUCAGCGGAAGUGUCCGUGGCAAGCACACUCUUGGAAGGAUCCGCUCUCCGCUGUUUGAACGGCCGGAAUCAUGUCGAGCUUGGCGGUGAGAGACCCGGCAAUGGAUCGAUCACUGCGUUCCGUGUUCGUGGGGAACAUUCCGUAUGAGGCGACUGAGGAGCAGUUAAAGGACAUAUUUUCGGAGGUUGGUUCUGUUGUCAGUUUCCGGCUGGUAUACGAUCGAGAGACGGGAAAGCCCAAGGGCUAUGGUUUCUGCGAAUACCAAGACCAGGAGACCGCGCUUAGUGCCAUGCGGAACUUGAACGGGCGGGAGUUCAGCGGCAGAGCGCUUCGGGUGGACAAUGCGGCCAGUGAAAAGAACAAGGAGGAGUUAAAGAGCUUAGGGCCUGCUGCGCCCAUCAUUGACUCACCCUAUGGGGACCCCAUCGAUCCAGAAGAUGCCCCUGAAUCAAUUACCAGAGCUGUCGCGAGUCUCCCCCCGGAGCAGAUGUUUGAGCUGAUGAAGCAGAUGAAGCUCUGCGUCCAAAACAGUCACCAGGAAGCUCGAAACAUGUUACUUCAAAACCCUCAACUGGCUUACGCGCUCUUGCAGGCACAAGUAGUGAUGAGAAUCAUGGAUCCAGAGAUUGCUCUAAAAAUUCUUCAUCGCAAGAUACAUGUCACACCACUGAUCCCAGGCAAAGCUCAGCCUGUGUCUGGCCCCGUCGCUGGCCCCGUCGCUGGCCCCGGCCCUGGCCCUGGCCCCGGCCCUGGCCCUGGCCCUGGCCUCUGCCCAGGACCUAAUGUUUUGCUGAACCAGCAGACUCCUCCAGCUCCUCAGCCUCAGCAUUUGGCUAGAAGACCUGUGAAAGACAUUCCUCCUCUGAUGCAGACCCCUAUCCAGGGUGGAAUUCCAGCCCCGGGGCCAAUGCCAGCUGCAGUUCCUGGACCUGGUCCUGGUCCCUUAACUCCUGGUGGAGCAAUGCAGCCUCAAGUUGGAAUGCCAGGGGUUGGUCCGGUGCCUUUAGAGCGGGGACAGGUGCAGAUGUCAGAUCCUAGAGCUCCUAUGCCUCGUGGACCCAUGACUGCCGGUGGCCUGCCUCCUAGAGGAUUGUUAGGCGAUGCUCCAAAUGACCCACGUGGAGGAACUUUGCUUUCAGUCACUGGAGAAGUUGAGCCCAGAGGCUAUCUUGGGCCACCACAUCAGGGUCCACCCAUGCACCAUGCCCCUGGCCAUGACAGCCGUGGCCCUUCCUCACAUGAGAUGAGGGGAGGGCCAUUGGGCGAUCCCAGGCUGCUAAUUGGAGAGCCCAGAGGACCCAUGAUAGAUCAAAGGGGUCUACCUAUGGAUGGCAGAGGCAGUAGAGAUUCUCGAGGGAUGGAGACCCGAGCCAUGGAAACUGAGGUCUUAGAAACAAGAGUGAUGGAGAGAAGAGGAAUGGAGACCUGUGCAAUGGAAACCAGAGGGAUGGAAGCAAGAGGCAUGGAUGCAAGAGGAAUGGAGAUACGAGGCCCUGGCCCUGGUUCGAGAGGCCCUAUGACCGGUGGAAUCCAGGGUCCUGUUCCCAUUAACUUGGGGGCAGGUGGUCCUCAGGGACCCAGGCAGGUCCCAGGCAUUUCAGGGGUGGGAAAUCCUGGAGCUGGCAUGCAGGGGGGAGGCAUGCAGGGAGCAGGCAUGCAGGGAGCAGGUAUACAAGGAGCAGGCAUGCAGGGAGCGGGCAUACAAGGCGUGGGCAUGCAGGGAGCAGGCAUACAAGGAGCAGGCAUACAGGGGGCUGGCAAGCCAGGUGGAGGCCAGCCUAGCAGUUUUAGUCCUGGGCAGAGCCAAGUAACUCCACAGGAUCAAGAAAAGGCAGCUUUGAUCAUGCAAGUUCUUCAACUGACUGCAGAUCAAAUUGCCAUGCUGCCUCCUGAACAAAGGCAGAGUAUCCUGAUUUUAAAGGAACAAAUCCAGAAAUCUACUGGAGCUUCUUGAAAGGUUUAAAAAGUACUUGGCAGUAUCCCAGAAAGUUUUGGGUUUUUUUUUUUUCUUGUUGUUUGUUGCUAUUCUUGCAUGGAGAAUGGGUGCAAAAAGCUGACUUCUGCAUCCCGCACUUGAAUGAUUAGUAUUUCCCUCUUGCCAGAACUUAAUCUCAUUUCUUUUUGUUGUCUUUUUUUUUUCUGUUUUCCUUUUUAUUUUUAAUUGGGUGGGGGGGAGGGAGGGGCGCUAGGGGGAAGAGGGAGUGGAUCUGUUCACUUGAAUUCACUAUGAAUACACAAAAAAUAAUUCUGAGAAUGAUUAUAUUAUGCCAAAUAAGAUUACAAAGAAAAUGCAACAAUAUUAAAACUGUCUACAAUAUGUUAACUACAUUUGUUUUCAAAUAUUGAGUAAAACGAUGUGAAAUCUGCACAUGAAGACUAAAAGGUGACCUGUUAAAAUGGUAAUGAACCAAGAUAGUUUAACAUUUUUAGUUGUAUAAGAAAAUAAAGAAGUUUACCUCAAAAUUAUAUAUUUUUGGUAAGUCAUUUACAAUACGAAAUCCUACUUGUGGGGCAAUAGAAUGCUGUAUUAGGUUAAGCACUGUUUCAGUGCUUUGAAAUUAUUUUGAAAUCUUAACAGCUAACAGGAUAAGUCUAAACUUGUGGUAUUGGAAUUGUUUUUUUCUAAAGUGAUGCUACCUGAAAAAUCAAGGAAUGCAUCUGGUGUGAUGAUGUUCCCUUCAUCUCACUCUUAAGAGACCAGCGAUAUUCUGGCCUGGCCCUGAACAUGAUUUUGCUGGGACAGUUUACUUAAGUCUGCUCUGAUGAGAUUCAGUAUAUCUCUCAGUACCUUCUAUUUCUCCAUAGUCUUUAAGCCUUAGAUCUGAAUGAGUUAUUCUCUCACAUCCUUCCCUAAAAUCUACCUAGUGACCAGUUUAUCUGGAUUAAUUAUACACAGCAUUGGGCAUUUCAUAAAUAGCAGAGGGCUUCAUGCAGUUAAGCUCUGCUUUUUGGUAACUAUUGUCCAUAUACAAGUGAUACCCAUCUAGUCAACCAGAAUCAGGUGUUAAAAAUCUAAGUCUCAGUAAUAUUUAGCAUGCCUUUCAGUUUGCUUCAAAAUCUUAUUUGUCUAUCACCAUCUUAAAAUAAUUGAGGCCCGGGAAGGUAGAUUCUUGUAGCCUUAGUUCUCUGCUUGGUUAUUACAUAUUACUUUUUAUAAGUAAUAAAGCCAUUUAGUCCUAAUAAACAUACCAUUGAGACAGUUGAAACUCAGUAGGAAGUUGGGCUUAUCACAUUUCCUUUAGAGCUACUACCUAAUUUUAGGUCUUGAAGAUACGGACAUACAAAAAAUGUAUAUCAUAGAUCACAGGUAAUUAACAGAAGCAUAAACACCAAAAUAACCAGGUGAUCUUACUCUGGAGAAGAAAAACUAACAUUUAGUUACAGGAAAAAAUGUUAUUUAAAAUAAAGAGAGAGCUGAUACUUAGAAACUGAAUUAUUUUCCCCUUGCACAAGGGUUUUACAUCUUAACUGGGUAAUUCACUCCAUUUUUACAAAGUUUUCAUCCCUACACUGUUCUUGGCUGCCUGUUUUACUCCUGUUUUUAUUGUUCAUACUGUUAAUUUUCCCAUGUUUUUUAUAUGCUUUCCCUAUAUUAGAGGGGAUAGCUCUCCUGUGCAUGUGUGAUAGCUCUGGAUAAUAUUCACAGAGUUGGUUUGACUGCUUUGAAAUUACACUUGCUUUAUUCCAAAGCUUUCACUGAAGGACUAAAUGAAAACCAUUAAAUGUUAUGCUCUUUGUUGUAGUAAAAUCUCUGCAAGUUUAAUGCAGACUUAAUAAAAAGAAUGUAGAAUUAAGUCUCA